UAGCAGUCCGGGCCGCUUCUGAGUCCCCCACUGCCCACCGAAGACCUCUCGCUGGCUUGCAAUUCUCUGGUUCCGGGAGGCGGAGCCUACGGCCCAGUGCAUGCCGGGACGGCGGGGCAGCCUCUUGGGGCUUCUGUCAUGGCGGCCUUGCUGAGUUCUGGACUCUGGUUCUGGGCUGUGUUGGUUGUUCCUGCGGCCGCCGUUUAUGAAGACCAAGUGGGGAAGUUUGAUUGGAGACAGCAGUAUGUUGGGAAGCUCAAGUUUGCCUCCUUGGAAUUUUCUCCGGGAUCCAAGAAAUUGGUUGUGGCCACAGAGAAGAAUGUGAUUGCAGCAUUAAAUUCUCGUACUGGGGAGAUCUUGUGGCGCCAUGUUGACAAAGGCACGGCAGAAGGGGCUGUGGACGCCAUGCUGCUCCACGGGCAGGAUGCAGUCACUGUGUCCAACGGAGGCCGCAUCAUGCGCUCGUGGGAGACCAACAUCGGGGGCCUGAACUGGGAGAUAACCUUGGACAGCGGCAGUUUCCAGGCACUUGGACUGGUGGGCCUGCAGGAGUCUGUGAGGUACGUCGCAGUCCUGAAGAAGACGACUCUGGCCCUCCAUCACCUCUCCAGUGGGCACCUAAAGUGGGUGGAGCAUCUCCCAGAGAGUGACAGCAUCCACUAUCAGAUGGUGUAUUCCUACGGCUCUGGGGUAGUGUGGGCCCUCGGCGUGGUCCCCUUCAGCCAUGUGAACACUGUCAAGUUUAACGUGGAAGAUGGAGAGAUUGUUCAGCAGGUCAGGGUUUCAACUCCAUGGCUGCAGCGUCUCACCGGAGCCUGUGGCGUGGUGGACGAGGCUGUCCUCGUGUGCCCUGACCCGAGCUCGCGCUCUCUCCACACUUUGGCCCUGGAGACGGAGUGGGAACUGCAGCAGAUCCCCCUGCAGUCGCUUGACUUAGAAUUUGCAAGUGGAUUCCAGCCCCGAGUGCUGCCCACACAGCCCAACCCAGUGGAUCCUUCUCGGCCCCAGUUCUUCCUGCAGUUGUCCCCAAGCCACUACGCCCUGCUGCAGUACCACCAGGGGACUCUGAGUCUACUCAAAAACUUCCCCCAGACGGCCCUUGUGACCUUCGCCACUACUGGGGAGAAGACGGUGGCCGCAGUCAUGACCUGUCGCAACGAAGUGCAGAAACCGAGCAGUUCAGAAGAUGGGUCAGUGGGGAGCUUUUCAGAGAAGUCCAGUGCACAGGACUCACUGGCUUGCUUCAACCAGACCUACACCAUUAACCUGUACUUAGCAGAGACAGGCCGGCGGCUGCUGGACACCACGAUUACCUUUAGCCUGGAGCAGAACCAUACUCGGCCUGAGCGGCUGUACAUCCAGGUGUUCUUGAAGAAGGAUGACUCGGUGGGCUACCGGGCUUUGGUGCAGACGCAAGACCAUCUGCUUCUUUUCCUGCAGCAGCUGGCAGGGAAGGUGGUGCUGUGGAGCCGCGAGGAGUCCCUGGCGGAGGUGGUGUGCCUGGAAAUGGUGGAUCUGCCCCUGACCGGGGCACAGGCCGAGCUGGAAGGAGAGUUUGGCAAGAAAGCAGACGGCCUGCUGGGGAUGUUCCUAAAACGCCUCUCAUCUCAGCUCAUCCUACUGCAAGCAUGGACUUCCCACCUCUGGAAAAUGUUCUAUGAUGCUCGGAAGCCCCGAAGCCAGAUUAAGAAUGAGAUCAACAUCGACACCUUGGCCAGGGAUGAAUUCAACCUGCAGAAGAUGAUGGUGAUGGUAACGGCCUCAGGGAAGCUUUUUGGCAUUGAGAGCAGCUCUGGCACAAUUCUGUGGAAACAGUAUCUACCCAGUGUCAAGCCAGACUCCUCCUUUAAGCUGAUGGUCCAGAGAACUACUGCUCACUUCCCCCACCCCCCGCAGUGCACGCUCCUGAUAAAGGACAAGGAAACAGGGAUGAGUUCCCUGUAUGUCUUCAAUCCCAUUUUUGGGAAGUGGAGUCAGGUGGCUCCCCCAGUGCUCAAGCGCCCCAUCUUGCAGUCCUUGCUUCUCCCGGUCAUGGAUCAAGACUAUGCCAAGGUCUUGCUGUUGAUAGAUGAUGAGUACAAGGUCACUGCUUUCCCAGCCACUCGGAAUGUCUUGCGACAGCUGCAUGAGCUUGCCCCCUCCAUCUUCUUCUAUUUGGUGGAUGCAGAACAGGGACGGCUAAGUGGAUAUCGCCUUCGAAAGGACCUCACCACUGAGCUGAGCUGGGAGCUGACCAUUCCCCCAGAAGUCCAGCGCAUCGUCAAGGUGAAGGGGAAGCGCAGCAGCGAGCACGUCCAUUCGCAGGGCCGGGUGAUGGGGGACCGCAGUGUGCUCUACAAGAGUGUCCUGAAGAUGAAAGGCACCGUGGUGAGCAGAACAGCGCCUGCUGGCAACAGGAACCCCGUUGACUCGGAUUCUUUACUGAUGAGCAUCUUCCUUGUGGUAGCACUUAAUUUUACCUUAUUCAGAAUGACCAAAAUAGUACAAAUUCUAAAGUGUGUUUUAGACUGCAGGGUGGGGUGCAGAGGGAGGGUGCGUGAGGCCCUGGGGUAGAUUUCAAACACCAUGCACCAACUCCCCCCAAAAAACAAAAAUAAACAAACAAAAAAGAUACAAAACAAUAUAAACAUUGUUUCAAAGUUUUAAAAAGUUCAUAUUAAUUUGAACUUUAGAAAAUACUAAAAGAUUAAUUAGAAAAAAAUAUACCAUAUGUAAUUUUACCGUUGUACUAUAAAAUGAGAGGUAACCAGGAGCAGUGCUUUUAAAAUUCAUAUCUUGCAAUUAUUCUAGGUUAUUUUAUUCAGAUACACUUUUUAAAUUUUGCUUGUAAAAUUACAGAAAAGUUGUGGUGGCUGAGCAUGGUAACACAUGCCUGUCAUCACAGCACUCAGGAGGCUGAGGCAGGAGGAUUGCUGUAAGGCCAUCUUUGGCUACCUAGUCAGUUCAAGGCCGGUCUGAACUACAUGGUGAAAUGCUAUCACAAAAAACUCAAAAAAACCAAAAAAACAAGCCAAACCAAAAAAUCGCCCAGAAAGUUGUGGAUAUAUCCCUUUUCCUCGUUUGCCUGCACAGCCAUGGUACAUUUAUCUAUCUAAACCAACAUUAGCACAUGACUGCUAAAUUCCAGGCUUUACUUGGGCUUCACCAAAUUUUUCACUGAUGCCGUUACUUUGGAGUGUGAUCACACAUUGAUUUAGUUGUCAGGCCUCUAUAGCCUCCUGGGGUCUAAGACAGCUUUCCAGGCUCCCCUUGUCUCUCAUGACCUUGAGAGUUAGAAGAGCACUAGUCAGGUGGUGUGUAGAACGGCUCCCAGUUUUGGUUUGUCUGAUGUCUUCCUGUGGUUAGACUGUGGUUAUGGAUUUUUGGCAGGAAGGCCACAGAAGGAAAGAAGUGAGUCCUUCCUGGAUUUGACAUGUUCUUUUUAGACAAUGGAAUGCAUCAGUGAAUGAAACAGACAAAACUUCUGUCUCCUGAAGCUGUCGUUGUUGGGAGAGACCAAUGAAACAAUAAAUACGCAGGUUACCAGCCGUGACUAUGUAAUGUAGUAACUUUAAGGCCACCCUGAACUACAAAGCGAAACCCUAUCUCAAAACACAAAUGAAAAUCCAGAUUAUGUAGUCACUUAGCAGGGGUCCAGUUCCAUAAGGGAAAAAAUAAAGCUGAAACAAGGGAGAGAGAGCAGAGCUACAGAACUGGGAAGGGGAUGCAAUUAACAACUGCUGGAGGGCCAGGGAGUUAGCUCAGCAGCGUCAGUGCCUGCCUGGCAGGUGUGAGGUUGUGAGUUCGAUCCUUGGCACCAAAAAAAAGAGGAACAACUGCUGGCUAAGAGGGCUUGCUGAGAAAGUGCCCCCGAUUCGGAGGCCUGGGUGAGGCAGUGGCUGUGGGUGCCUGGAGGAAGAGCCUUCGGAACCGCAAGGCCGGAGCCUGCUUGGUGUGCUGAGAAACAGCAGAGUGGGCCAUGCGAUGACCAAGGAGAGGCAAGAGGGACUGGGUCACACAGGGCCUCGCCCUGGCCUUCCCUUGGAGAGAGAGAAGGAGCCUGGCCAGUGGGAAGUUUUGAGCAGAGAAGCGACAUAAAUGGCUGAGAUUUAACCUUCUAAUGCUGUUCUUUUGGCCCUGACAACUGUAUCUGUCCAAGGAGGAGAGCAGGAAGACCAGUGAGGCCCUUGUAGGAGCGUGGGCCAGGCGACGCGGCUGGAACUUGGUAGUGUGGAGUUGGUGGGGAAGGAUCACAUUCUGGUAGAAGGCAGAGCCAGUGGCUGCCCCCACCACAGAGAGGAAAUAGGGGCAUGUGCAUGUGGGUACACUACAGAGGAGAGUCAGAAUAAUGUGGCCAGUAUUCUGUGACAAAGACGUAGGGAGUUACCACUGACUAGGUGGAAAACCUGAGGCAAGACAGGUUUGGGCAGACAGAAUAGUUCAUUCAGCCUGGGCCACUGGAGUCAGCACUUCUAGGGAGAGCGACCCGGGUGGCUGUUCGCUAGUAAUGGGAGUUCAGCAGGAGUUUAGCCGAAUACGUAAUUUUGGCACUGCCGGCACCUAUAAGCAGUGAUAGAACCAUGAAGUUUGCUGAUGUCACCAGCAAGUGAGCAUAGAUAGAAAUGCUCAGGGCCAGUUGGGCACAACGGCACAUGCCUGUAAGUAAGCACUCUGAGAGGCUGAAGCAGGAGGAUCACAAGUGUGAGCCCACUAUACUUGUGAUAGUAUAAAAAAAUAAAGGGCUUGGGAGAUAGUUUAGUAUGAGGGCCCUGGGUGAGUCAUUCAGUCCGGUACUGUGCAGUAAUAAACAGAGAAAUGUCCAGUGUCUGGUGCUGCUUGGUGUGUUCUGCCAUGAAGAGAAACAGACUGGGGAGGGGGGGGACCCUCCAAAGACGGAGGACAGGCCGGUGAGUGUGAAGGGAAACCAGGGGCCGCCAUCCUGCAUGCCGGGUCCAGGGAGUGUUCCGUGAGGGCAUGCUGCUGUGUGGCCUGGUGCUCCCAGCUCAGGUAAGACAGGGAUCCGCACUCAUCCUGAGUUAGGAAGGGGGAAGGUGCUGCCGACUGUGGGAAGGCUGCCUCUGGCAGAGAGAAGCGACACUGCCGGAGCUGUGUCCUUGGGCCCAGGAUGGUGGACCCAGGGCUUGUUUGUGGUGGCCGUGUGCCAGCUCUGUGACUUGAGACGCUGCCUCACUGCACGGGUUUCCUCAUCUGCAGAAUGGGGGUAUUGGCAGCUGAUUUAUAAGGUUGUGGAAGGGGAGUGCAAUAUAAGGCACCUCGUGCCAUGCCCAGGCCCCAGGGACACAAAUCAGGUAUGGGGAUGGGAAACAGCACAGCCAGCUCUUCUGACCAGAAGCCCUGGAUCCUCUGCUAGGCCCAGGCUCAGCGUGGAGCCAAGAAUGAAGGAGUUUUAU